AUGCCUGAGCACCUCAACCCCUCUGAACACGAUGCUUUGAGGUUGCUCUCACGAUCCCCACAUCCUUAUCAUCGCCAGACCUCCGAAUUACUCGACCCAUCUGACCGUCUUGCGUAUAAGUCCUCGGGGAGAAGCCGUUUCGAUGCGCCCUCAGACUCCACCGCCUCAAGAGAAGUCACCCCGAGUAGCGAUAGUGGCACCGAGGCCGACGAUGAACACUUUCUCAAAGGCCUACCCGCCCCUAGGAGGUUUCGGAAGGGGUUGCGAGGGCACAAUGAAGCUCUAUCCGGUACUUCGACUCCGAUUCCCUCCCCCGCUCUUCUGGAGGAGGAGGCCCGAAGAUCGUCGUAUAACCUGAAAAAAGAGGCGCAUAUGGGUAAACUCUCGCCGAGUACCGCCCACAGAGUGCGAAGGAGAAGAGAGAUCAUUCGCCGCUUUAUCGAAUUGCUCAUCAUUGGAUUUCUUGCUGUCAUCGUUAAUACUAAUAACCUCGUUCAGCCCAUUUGGCGGAUAUGGAAUCGAGAGCUCUUGGCCGGUCUAGGUAUAUCGGUAACACUGGCAUUCCUAUAUCCCUUACGAGUUGUGAUGUGGGCGUACUGGCACCGAUCCCCCUCGAAAAAGAUACCGUUGUCCAUACCCUCUUCUUUUGACCCGGCACCACUCCUCUAUCCACCGGGUAUCACUAUCCUCGUAUCUUUGCUCCUUGCUACAGAUAACGAAGCGGUAAUGCCUGUGAACAUAAUACUUGCCAUAUGUUCUUUGCCGCCGAGUUUAAUACCAACUAUUUCAAGCGCUGAUCUAGGAUGCAAUCCAGUGCAUUGGGCUCUCUCAUGUGUACCUCUGCUUCUGAAAGAGAACUCUUGGAGCCCCAACGUUUCCCGAAUACAUUUUGGGAGUGCCGGUUCUGUUCCACCAUCCAUUCCACUCGAAAGCGCAACCCUAUUAUACCCCCUACACCAGAAUCUGUGUUCAGUAUUGCACGCCCUAACUACGACUAGUCUUCUCGUAGCCGAGUUGCAAUUGUUGUCGAUCGCACUCAUUGACCUGUUACUUCUUUCUUAUUCUCCACAAGCGGUCAUUCUGAAGUCCAUGCUCUGGGUAGGGGGUCUUGAUAUUCUCGUCUUAUGUACUCAGGCGAUUAAGUGGGGGAUCUCUUUAGCCCGUGUGCCUAAAUGGCGUUUCAAAAGGGCAACGACUUCAUCUAAGCCGGUUUCAACCGUCCUAUCUAGCAUCAUGUCAUGGAGAAGAGUAAGACACGAUUUAUUCCAUGCACCUGUGGAUAGUUCGCCUUGCAGUUCGUGUGAGGCUUUUGAUGACCCCGAGGACAGUGACGGCCCGGGAUCUAUGAUUCCCAGAAUACCUGCUCGUGUACAAACCAUGCUCGACGGAGAUCAUCGUGAGUUCGAGCGAACCUCAACCUCUCAUACGAAUUCAGCCUUUAAAGCUUCAUCUAAUAUUGCGGAAAUUAAGCCUGGAGCAACACCACUUCGCCGACAUACUCUGCCGGGUACGGACAACGCCUCUCGCAAGUCACACACACACACACCAUCUGGCCGAAGAAAGAGAACUGCUUCUCAUUCCGUUCGUGCUUUCUUCUCACUUACCCAGGAACAAGCCACACUCCGGAAGUGGAUUUACGCCAUAUACGUUUAUGUGUGCAUUCUAGGUGCUAUAUUCCUCCCACUCCCUUUUUUUGGCGUGACGAAAGCCAUCUCGGAUGAAGCCCUUCGCGGCCGUGAACCGGUAGGGUGGGCUCUGGGUUAUCUAUUCGGGGAUCUGCCGCAGUUUAGGUGGGAGGUUAUCAGUCACAAUCUGGAACGAUGGAUAUGCCUUCCACCGAGAUUGUCCAAUGAAUUCGAAUACUCCAAUUCGAUAGGCUGGAUCGACCAUAUAUGCCGGUCUUAUCUUGGCCGGGCCAACACCCGCCUUGCCUUGAGUGCGUAUUUCGCUAUUAUCAUUGCGAUUGGACUUACUGUGGUCUUUCGCCUGUCGUCUAUUUACGAGGUAGACACGCGGCGAAAAGUCUUCCAUUUUAUGAUGGUUGCCAUGUUUCUACCAACGGCUUACGUAGAUCCUGCGUUUGCAGCCUUGGCAUUAUCCAUCGUCCUCGCCAUAUUUCUUCUUCUUGACCUCCUUCGAGCGAGUCAACUGCCACCACUUUCGAAGCCGUUGGCCUCUUUCCUUGCCCCGUAUGUCGAUGGACGAGACCUGCGAGGCCCGGUUGUUAUAUCCCACAUUUUCCUACUGAUUGGAUGUGCAAUCCCCCUCUGGUUAUCGUUGGGUUCCCUCUCGCGUACUGGAAUUGGCUAUCUUGAGGGCUGGGAGUUACCUGCGAGGGAAGUUAGUAUGGUAUCGGGCGUCGUGUGUGUAGGGUUGGGUGACGCGGCAGCUUCUCUAAUCGGAAGACGUCAUGGCCAGCGGAAAUGGUUAUGGGGCGGUGGCAAGAGUCUUGAAGGAAGCGUAGCUUUUGCCCUUGCCGUCUUCGUUGGACUCACUAUAGCACGUGCGUGGCUCCAUAUUGGAGGAUGGUCGCCGGCAAGUGGUAACUCAGAUACAUGGGGUGUCGCGGCUCAGAAGAUGGCAAUGUGUGCUACUACAGCCAGCCUUACGGAAGCGGUCUUGACUGGAGGUAACGACAAUGUCAUCGUACCUGUGGUCCUUUGGACCUGUGCGAAGAGUCUCGGCAUAUAGUCAAAUGCUAGAGGCGGGGAUUAAAUGAAUGAUGCUGAGAGUAGGCGUUUGGUCCAGCCGUUUUUGGCGACUGUGCACCGGCAUUGGGAAGGAUGGUUGGGGCGGCCUAGGUCACAGGUCGGAUAUACCAGGUAGAUUCUGUUGGCAAUACUUGA